AGCCGAGUUCGUGAUUCACUGCCGAACAGCUAACAAUGUCAGCCACCAUAUAACACAUGUUGGACCCAAGCAGAGUUUGAGGAAGGAUUUUGCACAGAGAACAUCAUGAAUCAUUUCAGCAGGGGACCUUUGCAGUUAUUAAGGAGUCGAUCGUUUUUAGCCCCCAGUAAGAAACCACUGCACCAUUCCGUCCGUGGCCCAACCGACUUUACAAGGAAAGCUCUUCAACCCGCGAACUUUGUGAAAGAACAUUUAUUUAAGUUUGGUUGGCUUAAUAAGAAUUUUGUAUCAGCUUUUCAUCACCGAACGAAUGUAUGGGCGGCGGCGGCUGCGAGGAGCAAACCCGUGUCUCCCCUCACGAGUAAAAUGACUCCCCGAAAGAAACCCGUCGAAGUGGUUGAUGUCGAUAAACUGGAUGUCGUGGCUUAUGCGAUAUCGGAGGAUAUCAGACUGGAGGAACUGUCGAAGGCCUUCGUGAAACAGGCUUUGUAUGAAGUGGUGGCUUUACCGAUAGAUGUGACCGAUGGCCUUCACCUGAAAGCCAUUUACAAGAUCGACGACAAAGAACGCGAGAUCUUCCUCUUCCGUGAAGGUGCCAUUGUCUUUUGGAAUAUGUCUGUGACCGAAAGAAAUGAAGUCCUGCAUUUUAUUGAGAAAUACUCCGCUUCCCCUUACGCUUCGUCUUUGUAUUUGACCGAGAAUGAGUGUCUGAAAUACGACUACAGUGCUGACCGUAGGACUUGUCUUGAGAAAGAUGUGAUCCAUAUCAACGUGGCUGACCAGUUCGAUUCCCUCGUGAAAUAUGCUUUUUCGAAUGCCCUCUCCCUGUCCGUGAAGUUAGCCAUUUGGGAAGAUUCUUUAGUUCGAUUCGUCGAUACUAUUGAGCCAGUCAUCGAAGAUGUUCGCCUGGGUAAGCGCAUUCGUGUGUCCCGGGACCAGAUUCUGCGAAUGACCGGGGAACUGUUCACAUUAAGACAUUUAAUUAAUUUGAGUUCGGACUUGUUGGACACCCCCGACUUUUAUUGGGACCGCGAGAAUCUGGAGCCCCUCUAUCAGAAGAUGUCUAACUAUCUUAGCAUCAACCGUCGAACCAAAGUCAUUAACGAAAAACUCAAGCAUUGCUGCGAGUUGACCGAACUGUUGUCCAGCCACCUCAACGACAAACACCACACCCGCCUCGAAUGGAUGAUCAUCAUCCUCAUUCUGGUCGAGGUGAUGUUUGAAUGCAUUCAUUACGCGGAGAAGUAUUACAGCCACUGAAUCAUCGGCAAUGACCAGCUGGGGAUUAGAAUAUUUCAUCAAACCAUUUUUUAUUUAAUCCCUCUCACAGAGUUUUGCAAAAUAGAUUUCUAGUUUUAUUUUGAGCAACCACACACACACACACGACAAAAUAUUCUGUGAUUUUCCUUUCUUUUUUUAACCAAUCAUUCCCAUUUCAAAUAUUUCCUCUUUUAUUUUCUUCUCUUUUACUGGAACCUUAAGUCUUUCAUUAAUCGAUCGUGUGUUUCUGUUCAUCAUUUAUGGCCAGAGGCCCUCUGGCUUCUUAUUCAAUCAGGAAAUACUCUGCUGUAUCCUUUAUUUGUAGCGUUAGUGUAUGAUUUAAGGGAGUUACAGCUGCUAUCUUUAGCAUGUCGAACGACUUUAGUAUAACGCUUUGUUGGUUCGUCCUGAAAUUGACUGAUACUCCGCUCCCACCACUUUUUUUUUUGUUAUAAAGAAUACGAACACGUUGAAAACCAGUUCUAGCCCAAGUAACAUUUAAAUGCCCUUGUGGGACCACAAGUUCUGUGGAAACUUUCUGGUUUUGGUAUAUUUUAUUAAAUGUAUCUGUAGACAACAUAUCAAAACAUCAAAAAUUUUUGUGUUAAUAUUCUAUGUAUAUAAUAUACACUUUGU